UUACAAUUUAUAAAGAUUAAAAUCCGAAUGCAAUUCCCUGCAAUUAAUCUUUUAUUUAUUUUUUGGUGCAUUUUUGUGUGAAUUAUGGCAGACCUAAUUGUUUGUCCUGUUUGUUCAAAGACAAUAAACAAUCAAAAUCGCCUCAUAACCGAAGAUUGUGGUCAUUCCAAAUGCCGCCAAUGUUUAAUAUCCGAAGACAAUGGAUGUGAACAAUGCAAGAAAAAUAAUACAAAUCUUUCAAAUGAUUCAGAACCAACCAAUCAAGAAAACAUUGUCGACGACAAUCCAAAAUCAAGCUCAAUUCCUACAGAAAGAGGCUCCAAAUCACGAAGAUCUAAGAUUCCAUCGCAUAUUGUAAAAACCCAUAAUAAUGACAAUGAACUUCUCUACCAUUGCACUAUCUGUGAUAAACGCUUUAAGAGCCGGACUCAACAGUACUAUCACUUAUUCUGCAACAACUCCUCAAGCAAGCCCUUUAAGUGCAACGAAUGCAAUUCUAAUUUUUCUACGUCGGCUCAUUUAAAAUAUCAUAAAGCUGGUCACUUGAAACAGUCAUUUCAAUGUUCGGUUUGUAGUAAGAACUUUCCCAAAAUUCAAGUUCUUCGAAAACACGAAAAACUACAUGGUGCCGUUGGUGAGCAAUGCGUCGAAUGUGGAGCUAAGCUCAGAAACAAAGAAGCAUUGAGUGCUCACAUGAUGAGACAUAAGAAUAUCUUGCCGUUUGAAUGUGAUAAGUGCGACAAGAAGUUCUCGCUUCGAACUUCUUUGCGAAUGCAUCAGCAAAUAGUUCACAUUGCUACCACUAAAUUUAAGUGUGAUAUUUGUGGAAAAGUAUUCAAUAGAAAUUCAUCCCUAAAGACUCACUCACUCAGUCAUUCGAAUGAGAGAGAAUACACUUGCUCCAAAUGCUCUAGACAUUUCAUCGAUAGAAAAUCUCUGCUAAGACACAGCAGAAUUCACGAUGUUAAAUCCAAGUACAAAUGCACUCUUUGCGACACUGCAAGCAUUCGAAAGGACAACAUCCUCCGACAUAUAAGGAACAUGCAUCCAGAUAAAGAUAAAUCAUGUUUGGAAGAAGUCGAUGGUGAAGACUUCCAACAAUCAGAAAGUGAGAGUUCGAGUGAGAAAGAAAUUUCAAAACCAUUACCAGAGGCAACAAGUGCAGCGGCAGACACUAGAAAUAUUGCUCCGGAUACGUCUGUUAUAGUCGCCAACAGCUCAGUUAUUCGUUGCAUUGGAAAUGUUAAGCCUGUAACAAUUGUUGAAGAAAUCGGAACAAAGCCAAAAAUUGUAGAAAAGGAAAAGAAUGCUGUUGUAAUCCAGUCGGUUGUUAAGAUACACAAAAAGUUGAAAAAAGCAUACGAUCCACGUGAGAUAUAUCGAAAAAUUCUUUUGGAUGAUGAUAGCACUCAAGACAAUGAUACUAAUAGUAAUAAUGAGGAGAUUACAAGUCCAGCAAAUGAAGGUCAAGAAAAGCAACUUGUGCAGGAAUCUAGUGUCAUUUGUAAUGGUCAACAAUCUAAUUUCUCCGAAACUCAUUGGCGGAAAAACUUCAAACAUAAUUAUCAAAUACAAUUCGAUUAA